CCCAAACUCUGAAUUCAGUCGCGUACCAUGUAAUGUGGCCGCUUCCAUGUCCGCCUUCGCUUCCGCGUCUCCUGCUGUUGUUGUGUUUGCUGGUGUGUUGGUGUUGGCGAUCGUGGUUGUUGGCGGUAGUCCACCCCACGAUGACCCCUCGCUUGCGCCACCAUGGCCAGACAUGCGCGGCAACAACAGCAGAAGCGAUGCCUUUGGUGGAAAAGCGCUGACUUGUCCCGUGACAGACGCAAGCAGGAGCUCUUUUUCUUCGUCUGCUGCUGGGGCUGUGCCCCGCGUGCUGAUCAUUACCUUUACCACCUUCGCCUACCGCCGUGUUGUGGAGAACAUGAUCGCGUCCAUGCACAUGGCUCAGCGCUUCUCACGUGUGGGUGUAGACGACGGAUUUCCACCACAGCUUGACGUGGCUGCCAGCCUCUACGUCUUGUGUCUGGAUCGCAAAGUGACCGAUUGGUGUCGGCAGCAGGGGCUGAACUGCGUUCCCUUCCACGCACACUUUGCCAAUACCUCGCUCGACGACUUGUGGAUGCUUCGGCUGCAGCUCGUGCAGGACUGCUUGCACCACGGAUUCGACGUGUGGAUGAACGACGCGGACGCGGUGUGGCUUCGUGAUCCCUGGCCUCUAAUUCACCGCGAGUUGACGGUGCACAAAGCAGACAUUGUCGCACAACGUGGCGGGUUUCCAUUUGAGAUUGGGAAAGCGUGGGGUGCAACCAUGUGCUUUGGCUUUGUGUACAUGCGCGCCACAGCCGCCACUAAGCUCGUGGUGGCGCUGGCGUUGCAGCUGGCCCCAUAUCUGGAGCGAGACGACCAGCUACUGGUGAACUCGGCCGUGUAUUUAUUGGCCACAGGACGGCAGCAACUUCUCCUGCCGCUCUCGCCGCACGAUUUCGAUGCCCUGCUGCGCCAUCUCGGGGUGCAGGUUGGCACACCAGAGGCGCCUGGCCAGCCCGCACUGCAGUUCACGGGGCCUGGUGGUGUGGCUGAGCGAGCAAAGUGCCAUCAUCGCCCACUCUGCUACCGGCAGUCGCACGCCACCGCGGUCGUGGAUGUGGGCCUGACAGAUGUGCCCACGCAGUCGCUGCACCACAUGCGAGUGGCGCUGCUCGGCCAUGCACAGGUGCCGCGCCGCUGUCACCCGAGGUUCGACGGCGUGCAGUCCGCCCAGGGCCAGCAAGGGCCAUUUGUGGCCCACUGUUACACCUCCAAAACCGGCGCAGCCAAGGCCCAAGUCUUCCACAAGUACAACCUCUGGUUCAUCAACACCACGGCCACAGUCGACGACGCAAGCUCGCCAUCGCCGUGACCUUCCCAACCUCAUGCGUCUUGUCGUCUUUUUGAGCCACAAACAAUACAGGUGAGAUCAACGACGAAGUGCACGGUUGGAUCCAGGGGUGUGGGCAACAGCCGCUCUUCCCAAGACGUUGCGUUUGCUCUCUUUCCGCAAAGCCCCACGCCUCGUGUUGUGUUUUGUUGUCGUCACACUGACGGCACACGUCGCUUCGCUCUCGUCACAUGGCCCAUGUCCACUUGCAUCAGUUGCAUUAACGGUCCUUUUACUCGAACAUGUAGGAACAAGCUUGAAGAGUAGUUGCCAGUCACCUGUGCUGUGAAGUAACAACCAAACGAACG